AUGGGUAACCACAGUGUGGUCAGGGAGUUUGUGCUCCUGGGGUUUUCUCAUCUCCAUGAGUUCCAGGUCCUCCUCUUUGCCUUCAUCCUGGUGAUCUACGUGCUGACUGUGCUGGGGAACCUGUCCAUCAUCACCCUCACUUGUCUUGAUUCCCGUCUCCACUCCCCCAUGUAUUUCUUCCUCUGCAACUUCUCCCUCAUGGAGAUGCUGGUCACCUCCACUGUGGUUCCGAGGAUGCUGGCCGAUCUGCUAUCCACGCACAAGACCAUGUCUCUGGCUGAAUGCCUGACUCAGUCUUUCUUCUACUUCUCUCUGGGCUCCACCAAUUUCCUGAUCCUCACAGUCAUGGCCUUUGAUCGCUAUGUGGCCAUCUGCCGCCCUCUGCACUACCCGACCAUCAUGAGCGGGCCAGUGUGUGUGAAGCUGGUAGUGGCCUGCUGGGUGGUGGGCUUUCUCUCCAUUGUUUCCCCCACACUGCAGAAGACACGGCUCUGGUUCUGCGGCCCUAAAGUCAUUGACCACUAUUUCUGUGACUCCGCCCCACUCCUUCGGCUUUCCUGCUCUGACACCCGCCAUAUCGAGUACAUGGACUUCUUCCUGUCCUUGCUCUUUGUGCUGGCCACCAUGUUGCUCAUCCUGGUCUCCUACGUGCUCAUUGUGGCUGCAGUGCUGCACAUCCCAUCCUCCUCUGGCCGCCAGAAGGCCUUCUCCACCUGUGCUUCUCACCUCACUGUGGUGGUCCUGGGUUAUGGCAGUGCCAUCUUCAUCUAUGUGAGGCCAGGUAAAGGCCACUCCACACACCUCAACAAGGUGGUGGCCCUGAUGACUGCAGUGGUUACGCCUUUCCUCAAUCCCUUUAUCUUCACUUUCCGCAAUGAGAAGGUCAAGGAGGUCAUUGAGGAUGUGACCAAGAAGAUUCUCCUGAGAAAUCCAGCAUCUCACAGAUGA